AUGCAUCUUCAUUUUAAUUCAAGUAUUCUCGAUUAUAUACAUCUGAUACCACCCACUUGGUCGAUUACAAUAACUACAAUGAAACUUUGCUCAAUUCUUUUUAGUUUACUUGAUAUUGAUAAUACUAAUCGACUUGAAGAAUAUCAAAUUCGAGCAUUACUUAUAUAUCUUACAAAUAUAAAUAAAAAUCAAAUAUCAACUAUUAUUUAUAAAUUAGAUCUUGAUCAAUCUGGUGCUAUGGAAUUAGAAGAAUUUUUUCUUCUUAUCAGUUUACUCGUAGCCAAUAAAGAUAAAAAAGAAAAAGAAUUUAUGCAUGCUCAUUCUAAAACUGUUUUUGAAUUACUCGAUGAAGAUAGUUCAGGCACAAUUAGUGUUGAAGAAUUUCAAUGUCUUGGCUUUUUAUUUAAUCUUGACAAUAGAGAUAUUCGUAUUAUAUUUGAAGAUUUUGAUAUAAGUGGCGAUGAUGCACUUGAUUACUCGGAAUUUCGUAUGUUUACCAUAGCUUGUAUUAAUAAACAAAAAGCAAUGAAAAAGAAACGUUUUAAAACAUUAAUGCAACGUCGUUUCAAUUUUCUUGCUAAACAAAGACAACCGAUCCUCAAAUAUAUUAAUAAAACAAUCAAUAAAUGUGUUCCAGGUCUGGCUGUUUACGGCGAAGAUGACACUAUUCCUCGUGUUACUCUGCCAAUGGAUAUGAAAUUUCCUUGUCAACAAUCGAAUGAUGAUGAGAUUUUUUCUGAUUUGUUCGAAUCAAUUUAUAUUUCACCAGCAAGUGAUGAUGAUCGCUCGACAAAAUCACAAUCAUUUACUCAAAGUUAUUAUUGA